AACACAGAAUUCCCGAAAGCCCCCGUAUUGCCGGUUGUCAGACUGAGAGAAAGAGAAGCCACGUACGUUGGAGAUUAACUGUGGAAGGGUGUAAGAGUAGGUGGUUGCAGAAUAGUAGUAAAAAUGUUGAGGUACUUGUUAUUACUUGCGCUUGCAUGUGCAGUGCUAGCUACCGAAGAGGAUGUCUUGGAAUUGACUGACGAAGAUUUCUCAACUCGUGUACAAGAACAUGAAACAAUGCUUGUUAUGUUUUAUGCACCAUGGUGUGGUCAUUGUAAAAAACUUAAACCAGAAUAUGCCAAAGCAGCUGGGAUAAUAAAAGACAACGAUCCACCCGUUACGUUAGCCAAGGUAGACUGUACGGAAGCAGGAAAAGAAACUUGUAACAAAUUCAGUGUCACUGGAUAUCCCACGUUGAAAAUUUUCCGUAAUGGAGAGUUGUCUCAAGAUUAUAGUGGCCCCAGGGAAGCAGCUGGUAUUGUGAAGUACCUGAAAGCACAAGUCGGGCCAAGUUCUAAGGAUUUGUUAUCAGAAGAAGCCUUCGAAGAUUUUAUUUCGAAAGAUGAUGUGGCAGUUGUGGGUUUCUUUGAAAAGGAAUCCGAUUUAAAGCUAGCAUUCCUCAAGGUAGCAGAUAAAUUACGCGAAAAAGUGCGUUUUGGUCAUACAUCAAACAGAGACUUGUUGAAGAAAGGUGUAAGUGAUGGCAUUGUACUGUACAGACCAAAGCACUUGCACAAUAAAUUUGAACCAGACACUGUUACAUAUGAUGGAGAAGCAAAGAAAGAAAAUAUUGAAUCCUGGAUCAACAGAGAGUACCAUGGUCUUGUGGGGCAUCGUCAGAGGGAUAAUACCCAGGAUUUCAAGAAUCCUCUCGUGGUUGCUUACUAUGGCGUUGACUAUGUCAAGAAUCCUAAAGGCACCAACUAUUGGCGUAAUAGAAUCUUGAAGGUUGCAAAGAGCUUUGCUUCAGUUUUCAAUUUUGCAAUAAGUGCUAAAGAUGACUUCCAGCAUGAACUGAAUGAAUUUGGUUUUGAUUAUGUGAAAGGUGACAAGCCAGUCAUAUUUGCUCGUAAUGCGAAGAAUCAGAAGUUUGUCCUUACGGAUGAUUUUUCGAUGGAGACAUUUGAAAAAUUCUUGAAUAACUUGAAAGAUGAUAAAUUAGAACCUUAUCUGAAAUCGGAGCCAAUUCCUGAAGAUAAUGAUGGACCUGUAAAAAUAGCUGUGGCCAAAAAUUUUGAUGAAAUUGUGACCAAUAAUGGACAAGACACACUUAUAGAAUUUUAUGCUCCAUGGUGUGGACAUUGCAAGAAGCUGGCACCAGUUUAUGAUGAGCUGGGAGAGAAGAUGAAGGGAGAGGAUGUGGCCAUAGUGAAAAUGGAUGCCUCAAACAAUGAUGUUCCAGAACCAUAUGAAGUCCGUGGAUUUCCAACGUUGUACUGGGCCAGCAAAGAUGGCAAAUCAAAUCCUGUUCGCUAUGAUGGUGGCAGAGAGCUAGAUGACUUCAUCAAAUAUAUAGCAAGACAAGCAACAAAUGAAUUGAAGGGCUGGGACCGCAAGGGGAAGACGAAGAAGCAAGAACUGUAGAGAGAAAAUUGUUUUCAAGACUGUAUUUGAAGCAAUAUGGUGGAACUUGAGAAACUGCCCAGAUCAGAAGAGCCUUUGUACAAAGUUUGUACUAAAACUAAACUGAACUGUACAUAGCUUGUACAAGUGUAGUUGUAACAGAUUUGUAUUUUCUGCAUUUGAUAAACCAAUGGUUGUACUGUUAAAGAUCUAUUAAAAUUCAUCAGGAACCUUUGAAUUUUGUCAUGUGAGAUGUCAGGAUGCUGAGAUUUGGUUGUGUUUAGAUGGGUGUGUGCUAUUUUUAUAUUUAUUGUAUUGUUUGAAAAUUUUAAUCAGUGGAUAUGGGUGUUCUGGUAUUGCAUGAAAUUAGAAAACUUUAUCAUUCCAUGCGCCUUUCAAUAAGUUAUAUAUAUGCAGCUGAGAAUGUCAGCUCUUGAUCUGAAUUAUAAAAAGUAUAUUGUACUAUACCUUUGUGCUGCAACAAGUGUUCCAUGAAUGAAGAAUUAGUUAUUGUAUACAAAAGUUUUUCAUUUAUAGUCUUGGAGAUACUAAGAACACGAUGAUUUUAAUGUUCCAUGCUUACCUGUACUAUUGAUUUUGUAAAACAGGUUAGAAUAAGUUACACAAGAUAGUGUAGGAAAACUUUCUAAGCUAGCAUCUUUACAGUGGAGAAUUCAAAAGUCUGAUUAUAAUUAAAAAUUUGUGCUGAACCUUUGUUUGAAAAGUAAAAUGUUUUAUACAAA